UUUAGUAGAAUAAACUCAAAAACUUUACUUAAUUUUACACUAAAAGUGCCUAUGGCCGUAAUAGUGGGCUUCAUAGUCGGGAAAGUUAUGCGCGGAACAAUCAGCUAGCUUGGCUAGCUAAUAUUAGGCUGUUGCAGCUAGCCGCUGGAGCUAACUGGGCAACUCCUGUCGUUGGACUGCUAACCAUGCUACUGCAGCUGCAAUAUUAUCAUCGGCGAAACACUGUGCCCACAUUCUGCUGCAGAGGAGAGCGCACCAGGAUGAGGAGGCUGUAGGCACCCGCGGUAGUAUGGCCGCAUCCCGUUCCUCGCGUGUCACAAGGUCAUCAGUGGGACACAAUGGAUUGGAUGAGAACUUUUGUGGUCGAACCCUCAGAAACCGUAGCAUUGCCCAGCCAGAGGAGAGCUCGGUGCCUCCGCUACCAAGGGCGCGCUCACCCAAAAAGAAGCAGGAGUCCAAGCAGGACAGCAAGCAGGAGUCGAGGGACGAUAUCAAGCAGGAGCCAAAACAGGAUGGUAAACAGCAGUCAAAACAGGAGUCAAGAGACAACAGUAGGCAAGGGCCAAAACAAGAGUCCAGACAGGACAAGAAGGUGGAAUCAAAGCAGGAGUCGAGAGACGUCUGCAAGCAGGAGUCAAGGGACGUCUGCAAGCAGGAGCCUGAGCAGGAGUCAGAUCGUUCAGCAAAUCAAAAGUUGGAGCAGGAGUCACAGGACAAUUGCAGGCAAAAGUCAGAUGACAAAUGCUUUCACAAGUCAGAGCCAAGGCAAGACAACAGACAGCAUGUUAAACAAGAGUCAAAUCAGGAUGCUGGACUGGACACAAAGAAGAUGGAGAAACAGGACACUCACUUGCAAGAUCGUCAACAACAGGACAUGUUGAAAGGUCUGGAAAAUGACUUCAGUCCUUCUCAAUCUGAGACCGAUCAGUGGACCAGCUCCAGAAAGCGAAGUUUUUGUUGUCUGGAAAAAGACAUUAGCACAGAGAAGGCUGAGAACUGUGAGACCGAAAAGGUGCAGCGGGAUACCUCUCCUCGAAUUAAAAAGGCCAUGCGGUGCUCUCCUUCUGAAGAGCCUCAGGGACAGGAAGAGGCCCAUGACCUCUUAAAACUUGAAAGCUCAGCCUCUGUCCCAGAGACUAGUAAGGACAGGAUGUGUGAAGAAUUAGCCAGCCAACACUCUGGCAACAUAACACCUGCCUCACCUCUCCUCAGCACACUGGAAGGUGAGCUGGUGGGGAUGAAGGCCGGGGGUGCCCGUGUGGAGCUUGAUGGGGCAGUUUUGCCUCCAAAUCCUCACGAAGCCUCCAAUGGACUCAAAGACUUGGACAAAGCAGAGGAAUCUAGCAAACUGUCUGAACAGGCGAGUGCAAGUCCCACCUCGACCACAAACUUUCCAUUGCUGCUCAAUGGCAGUCAGACGGAGGCGUCAUUAUCCUCUGAAUCUUUUGUGCCUUUUACAAACUCGGUCUCUGGGCAGAUGGAGGUCUCUGGCUUGAGGGACUCUCCGGCCUCAACUGCACUAACGUGUGAGGUUGCUCCAGUGGAGCCUGUUCCUGAGUUGAUAGUAGCCAAAGAGCAGGAGGUGGAGGAGAUGGAGGUUGAUGUAGUAGGUGACCCACUGUGUCUGGCUCACGAGGAGCAGGUGACAGAAAGUGAGGCUAAUGGCCGACCAUCAUCGCUAGCCCAGGAAGCUGCUGCCUCAACCUCCUCCACCACAAACUGUACUUCAAUCAACAUCAAUAACUCAGGAGAAACUACACCCCCUCUUACACCCCCAUCCCCCACAGAGCCAGAGGGUAACCCCUCAAUAUCUUCUAGCACGUCCCCUUCUUUCACUGAGCUGUAUGAACAUCGAUACACCCUGCGGACUUCACCUAGUAGAACUGAGCCGGGCCAGAAUUUAUCUUCAAAUAAACUUAGCUCUUCUGUUGACAACGGUCCUUUGGAGGCAGAAGGGGAGGUGGAGGAAGACUGUCCACCACUGGAGGAGCCCAUUUGUUCAGACUCAGUUGGCCCCUCCAGUGAGGGGCAGGUAUCUGCAAAUCCUGGAGGAGAGCCUGAUGAUGAAGGCAGCAGUUGUUUGGGGGCUAGACAAUAUGAGGGCACCAAGGAGCUGACACAAAGCCAAGCUGCAGAAGAAGAGGAGGAGGAGGAGGAGGAAGAAGAGGAGCCAGAUGUGUAUUACUUUGAGUCGGACCAUGUGGCUCUCAAACACAACAAAGAUUAUCAAAGACUUCUGCAGACCAUUGGCGUUCUUGAGGCCCAGCGCACGCAGGCCAUCCAUGACCUGGAGACACUGGCACAUCAGCAGAGUGAGGCUCUCUCUGACCCCAUCAGCUUUGUGGAGAAGCUGCAGAAACAGGUGAAUCUGGAUUUGCCGUGUCCCCAGCGCGUCGUCCAGCUCCCUGAAAUUGCAUGGGAGCAGCACACAUCGGGUCUUGGUGAUUUUGAGAGGGAAUUCUGUGACAAGAAGCGUAAAACGAGGCAGCUGAAGUUAAUCUUUGACAAAGGUAUGCCACUCCGACCAAAAAGCCCAAUUGAGCCCAAGAAGGAAGGAGAAUGCUCCAUGGCGUACUCCUCCCUGCCCACAAGUGAUGCCCCGGAGAACGGCGGGCAGACGCAGAUGAUCAGGGGGAGGAUUUGUCACCCAAAUAAGCCUGACACUUUUAACCAGCUGUGGACUGUGGAGGAACAGAAAAAACUGGAGCAGCUUCUCAUCAAGUUCCCACCAGAGGAAAUUGAGUCCAGAAGAUGGCAGAAGAUUGCUGAUGCGCUCGGCAAUCGGACUGCUAAACAGGUGGCGAGUAGAGUUCAAAAAUACUUCAUCAAACUGACCAAAGCGGGCAUCCCUGUGCCUGGAAGAACACCCAACCUGUGCAUGUACACUAAAAAGACAUCCAGUAAGAGACAGCACCACCUCAACAAGCAUCUGUACCGACCAUCCACCUUCCUGACCUCCUACGAGCCUCCGGUCUUCAUGGACGAAGACGACGAGCGCUCCGUGUUCUACAACAGUGUGCAGGAUCCGUCUGGUGAUGAUUCGGAUGAUGAUGGCGUUCCUAUGGAAUUGAGAACCCUCCCAGAAUACAAGGAGCUUUUGGAGUUGAAGAGGCUGAAAAAACAGAAGCUCCAUGAGAUCCAGGAGGAUAAGGCGGGGGUGCAGCACGUUGGCUACAAGUGUGAUGUGUGUGGGAUGGAGCCCAUCCAGGGAACACGGUGGCACUGUCAGAACUGUCCGCCAGAAAACUCCGUGGAUUUCUGCUCCAACUGUUCCGACUGCUUUUUCAAGACGGAAACCCACAAGCCUAAUCACCACCUGGAACCGGUGCACCAGCCAGAAACCUUUCUGGACAGGGACUACUGUCUGCCACAGAGCACGGGUUACAACUACCUGGACCCAAACUACUUCCCGGCCAACAGAUGACAGGGCCACGGGCGCCUCUAGCACCAGGCUCUCCACAUAUCCACAGGCCACUCUGCAUGGCUUCCUCCUCCAGGUCCAAGAAACUGCUUUAAUCUGCCAGCAGAUGGCUGGGGGCCUCAGAGCAGACCUCAGUGCUGCUGCUGGGGGGUGGAUGUUGGGAGCUGACCUCCUGACUUGGGCAAAGAGCGGCCAUGUUGGUUUCCCACUAAGAGGGGGCCCCGCUUCACCUUAGCCAGGUUUUUCAACGGAUGUGUGAGUUGAAACGAAACACUAUUUUUACAAACCAAGACAACAGAAGGCACACAACAUUCCUGAGAUCUGGGACUCCAGAGGACGGUUUUCCCUUCUCCUCCUCCGGUUCCCUCCCUGCUCUGCUGGGAGGCCGGGGAGAAGUCUGAAGCGCCAUCUAAUGAAGACGUGGUUGACCAGCGUGUCGAGGACUCUUGUGACUGUCGAGUCAUCAGCUGAAAUACAUGAUGGUGACUGUGUGUGUGCGUGCGUGUGUGUGUGUGUGUUCUCCGUGUUCUGGAAGAGUGAACGUGUUUUAGCUAGGCAUCCAUAGAUCUAGUAUUUAUGAUUCUGGGGGGCCGAGGCCGGCCUGCUGCGGUGGGAGUCGUGCUGCCCUGCAGGCUGACCUGGAUGGAGCCCCCCCACCACCACUGUCACACAAUGCUGCUCUCCCCCCUCCACCCGUCACACUCGGUUCUGUUUCCUUUGCUCUCUCCAUUGAAGGUGUGAAGCACUACAACCUGGAGAGAAGAGUGAAGGCACGAGGAAACACUCACAAACACCCCCACCCCCCCAGUGUGUGCGAUGUUGAUCAUGUUGAGUGUUCCAGUAUAUGGUGAAAAGUGAAAAGUAGCCACUGCUAGUUGCUGUGUGCCAUUUUUAAAGAGCUCUUUUGUUCUGGGGGGGUUGUGGUGACCCUUCCUCCCCAUUCUGCCCUCCGUUUGAUCCUCUACAGCUUUCAUUUUGCAGCCCACCUUAAAGGUCCAUCUAAAAGAUUGUAUUUUUAUUAAUCUAUUUAAAAAAAAAAAAAAGAAUACCUGAGGUCUGGGCCGGCGCCCCCGGGGUGCAGCGGCCCACACUUUUAUACACAUAGGUUUCGUUGUGCUUGAGUAGACACCAUUUUGUAUGGUUUUUGUCUCUUCCCCUCACUCCCUCUGUCCUGCUUCCACAUACGUGUAUAACAGUCUGUUCUUAUGUAAAAGAAAAAUAAUAAUGUAAAAAAAUGCUAGAGGAGAAACGUGGAAAUAAAAGUAUGUGAAAAUAGUA